UUGUUAUGUAUAUAUUGCAUUAAAGGAUAGAAGAAGCAGUGACCAUGUUCUGGAUCUCGACGCUUGUCACUUUUUUGUUCAUAUCUCGCGGACAGGCAGGUUUGUAUCACCAAGACUUCGUAUAUCUCAACGCCAUUGCGCGCCACUGCCACCGUCAUUGCUCGGGCUCCAUCGCGUGGACGCUGGAAAGGGCCGGGUUCCCUGGAGAGGACGCACUCCUAACAUGUCAACCGCACAAAACAGCUCAACAGUGUAAUCACUACUGCGCCAAAGGUGGAAGUCUUGGGCCUCUUCAGGGAAUUCUACAAGGACAGGUCGGCGUUAAUGUAACCCACCUCACUCUUUUGGCGGGAUCCGACGUCUCACAUGUGUUAGAAGAUGUCAAAGUCAUGACAGAAACCCGAAAUGUCACUGUGUUUCUUGGAGUAGAAUCAAUUCUCAUUGGCCAAGUCUCAUUCCUUCAAAGGGAGUUUGGGGAACAGGACCACAUCAGUGUUGGCGCCAUUUGUCCAUCCGAUACGGGACGGCGCCAGUACAAUACUUCCGAUCUCGAGUUUUAUGCAGACUCUGAUCAAAAAGAAUGUAGGGAUAGAAACACUGUCGGUUUGGCAGCAGUGAAGCCUCGAUCAUAUCAAGGACCAGUGGCACAUGUUACAUCAUCAGCCGGAAAGUACAAAAUACCCAAUUGGGCGGAGGCCAGGACGACAUGUGGCUCCAGAGGUCUUCGUUUAGCCACACGAGAGCAACUAGAAACCGCCUGGAAGGAUGGCAUGGAUGUGUGCGCCUGUGGUUGGUUGGCUGAUGGGUUUGCUGCGUUCCUCAGUAGCAGUUGCGGCAGCAUCGGCCGGGCAGGAGUGACAACCUGCAAAGAGCCUGAGGUGGGAAAAGGGUGGGACGCUUUCUGCAUAGAUACUCCAAUUCUUGUGGUGCAUGUCCAAGAGAGCGGCCGAUCAUCUGAAAUUCCAACCUGGGAAGCCGCGGUAAGUGAAUGCGCCAGUCAAGGUAUGAGGUUAGCCACGCGGGAUCAACUGACGGAAGCCUGGAGGCAAGGAUUGGAUGUGUGCGCCUGUGGAUGGCUGGCUGAUGGAAGUGUGGGCUAUCCCAUCUUGAACCCGAGAGAUGGAUGUGGAAAUUCUGCAGCAGGAAUAAGGACAUGCUCUAGAAUCCCCUUCAAUGCUGGAUGGGACGCCUACUGUACAAAAGCUGAACUUCCUGUCAUACACGUCACUGAUGAUGGAGGUUCCUACAAAAUUGCAUCUUGGGAGGACGCCCGGAGAAAAUGUACCAGUCGAGGAAUGAGGUUAGCCACACGUGGUCAGUUAACAGACGCCUGGAAACAAGGGUUGGACGUCUGCUCGUGUGGAUGGCUGGCUGAUGGUACGGUAGGAUAUCCUAUCUUGAGGACGAGAAACGGCUGCGAGGGCUCUGCAGCUGGAGUAACAACAUGCUCUAGUUCAAUAGGAGGUGGCGCUGGAUGGGAUGCCUACUGCACAAAAAUAGAAAUACCAGUUGUUCAUAAAGAAGGCGAUGGUGGACGAUAUACGAUAACGGACUGGUCAUCAGCCGACAGAAAAUGUGCCAGUCUUGGUAUGAGGCUAGCCACACGAGAGCAGUUGACAGAAGCUUGGGAACAAGGAUUGGACGUUUGCUACUGUGGAUGGCUGGCUGAUGGGAGUGUGGGAUAUCCAAUUUUGAGGCCCAGAAAUGGAUGUGGCGGCUCCUCUGCUGGUAUAAGGACUUGCUCGAGAACUCCUCCUAGUGGGGCUGGGUGGGAUGCUUACUGCACGAAAUCUCCGUUGCCUGUUGUCCAUGUUAAAGAUAAUGAAGGAUCGUACAGAAUUGCAAAUGUAGCUGCAGCCGCCAGUAAAUGUGCCAGUAUAGGUAUGCGGUUAGCCACACGGGACCAGCUGACGGAUGCCUGGAAGCUAGGAUUGGACAAGUGCCUCUGCGGAUGGCUGGCUGAUGGUAGUGUUGGAUAUCCUAUCUGGGUACCAAGAUCUGGUUGUGGGGACUCAGUACCAGGAAUAAGAACCUGCCCAAGCACGCCUGGUGGCGAAGGUUGGGACGCCUACUGUACAAAGUCAGAGUUACCUGUGGCGUGGGUCACAGAGAAGGAAGGGUCUUACAAAAUUCGGAAUGCAUCUGACGCCGCCGCGGUAUGUGCUAGCGUUGGUAUGAGGUUGGCCACAUACGAUCAGUUGAGAGAAGCCUGGAGGCAAGGCAUGGACAAUUGCAACUGUGGCUGGCUGGCUGAUGGUACAGCGGGAUAUCCGAUCCUGAGGCCAAGAAUUAGCUGCGGAACAGCUGAAGCAGGGAUAAGAGUCUGUUCGGGGUUACCUCGAGAUGGCUGGGACGCAUACUGUACUAAGUCGGAGGUGCCAGUAGUGUAUUCGACAGAUAAGACUGGUAGCCAUGAAAUAAAAACCUGGGAGUCUGCUGCCAUCUUAUGUAUUAGUCGAGGAAUGAGGUUAGCCACACGCGACCAGUUGACAGAAGCAUGGAAACAAGGAUUGGAUGUUUGCGCCUGUGGAUGGCUGGCUGAUGGCACUGUGGGAUACCCCAUCUGGAGACCAAGAGACGGCUGUGGUGGAAAUGCCACAGCGGGGGUUAGAGCGUGCACAUCCACUCCUCCUGGCGAUGGAUGGGACGCGUACUGCACAAAAUCAAAACUGCCGGUGAUCCAUAUUGCUAACGAGACCGGAACAUACCAAAUACCGAAUGUAGUCGCUGCUGUCACUUUGUGCGCCGAUCGGGGCAUGAGGUUAGCCACGUUUGACCAAUUGCGCGACGCCUGGAAGCAGGGGUUGGAUCAAUGCACCUGCGGAUGGCUAGCGGAUGGACGUGUGGGAUACCCGAUUCUGAAGCCAAGAGAGAACUGUGGGGGCCCUACAGCUGGAGUAAGGACGUGUUCCAAUCCAAUUGGCGGUGGAGGCUGGGAUGCGUAUUGCACAGACAUCGAACUACCCGUUGUCCAUGUUCUGGCUGACGAGGGGCAAAACAAAAUUCCGACCGCGGCUGCAGCCGCCACGAAGUGCGCAAGUCGAGGAAUGCGGUUGGCAACACGCGGUCAGUUGCGGGAGGCCUGGAAACUGGGAAUGGACGUCUGCUCCUGCGGAUGGCUGGCUGAUGGAACGGCCGGUUUCCCGAUCAUGCGAUCGAGGGAGGGAUGUGGGGGCGCUACUAGCACACCAGGAUUGAGGACGUGCCAUGUGUAUCCAAAUGGUCUUCAAUUCGACGCUUUUUGUACCAAACUAGAGCUUCCAGUGGUGCGUGUCGUGGCUGUCGCAGGGGGUCAUAAGAUCCCGAGCUGGGAGGCAGCGGUCAAGGAAUGUGCCGAUCGAGGCAUGCGGCUUGCCACACCAGAUCAACUGGAGGAUGCCCGAUGGCACGGAUUCGAUGCCUGUUAUUGUGGAUGGCUCGCAGAUGGUAGUGUGGGUUACCCAAUCCUUAGGCCGAGGGAUGGAUGCGGAUUACAUAGAGCGGGGAUCCGGGUAUGUCCCAGUAGGCCUCCCAGUGGUGCUGGGUGGGACGCAUAUUGUAUCAAAACUAAAGUACCAGUUGUACAUCUCAUCGACAAAGCUGGUCGUUACAAAAUUCCAACUUGGGCUGCAGCUGUCAGUAAAUGCGCAAGUGAGGGCAUGAGGUUGGCAACUCGUGAUCAACUUCAAGAAGCCAGAAAUCUUGGCUUUGACGCAUGUGCGUGUGGUUGGACGGCUGAUGGUAGUGUGAUGUACCCGAUCGUCCGACCUCGAGAUGGAUGUGGAGUCGGACCACCUGCGAUAAGAAUUUGCACCACUCCGCCCAGUCCUGGCUGGGAUGCCUACUGUACGAAAGCUGAACUACCCGUCGUCCACAUUACCGAUAGCUCUGGGAAUCACGAGAUAAAAACCUGGGAUGCAGCCGUCAGACUCUGCGCCAGCCGAGGUAUGAGGUUGGCCACAUGUGAUCAACUGGAUGCUGCCAGGCUUCAAGGUUUAGAUGUUUGCUUCUGCGGAUGGCUGGCAGACGGCACAGUGGGAUAUCCCGUUGUGAAGCCGAGGCAGGGAUGCGGAUCUGGAAGCGGUCGCGCUGAAAUCGCCACAUGUUCCAGCACCCCUCCAAGGGAUGCUGGCUAUGAUGCUUUUUGUACCAACUCGGAAAUUCCAGUCGUACACGUCGAAAAUUCAACGAAUGGAAGUCAUGAAAUUCCCACCUAUGAACAUGCGAAGCAUGAAUGCGCCGUUCGAGGUAUGAAGCUAGCAUCUCGUGCUCAAUUGACGGCAGCCUGGAAGCAAGGAUUGGACGUCUGCGCCUGUGGAUGGCUGGCUAACGGCACUGUUGGCUUUCCCAUUGUCAAGCAGCGUGAGGGAUGUGGACCACCAGGGAAACCAUAUGAGGCUGGGGUUCGAACGUGCUCUAGUGACCCUGCUAGUGCAGGGAACCCAGGGUGGGAUGCAUACUGCAUAUCCACCGACAGUAAGCUCGAAAGCUAGAUAGAAGAAACAUAUGCCAAGAACCUUUUCAAAAUAUUUACACAAUUUUGUUCCAAUUUGCAAUGGUCUGUCUGCAUAACGGCACUAUAGAAGUUUAUAUUCAGCACGUAUUUACGAUGAUUUGAAAUUCAAAUUACUAAUUUCAAAUAUUUAACGAAUGGCGUAGGCCUUUACGAGCAACAAGUUUUACACAGUUUACCAGGUUGCAUACUGUGCAUCAUACUUCCCCUUGCUGGAUUCGAGAAGUUACCGAGCCAUCCUGAUGCACAAGUAUAGACUAGCUUUAUGGAGUUUAAAUUCGAAGUAAACAUACAAAUACAAAUAUUUAGGAAUGGAAAAUUCUCCCGUAGCUCAAGGGCCCAACAUUAUGCUGCCAUUGGUAGCUGAUAUCUACAGCAGUAUGUCAACACUAGCAGCAUUCACACACCUUCACGAAAAAAGUAUCAUAAGAUCAGAUUGAUCAUUAAAGAGGUUCAAUAAGAAGCAGACAGGAAGGUCAGAUUAUAUUACACAAAGUCACCACUAGGAGUCUUUUCUAUCUGAUUGUACAUUGACACUAUUCACGUCCAGACGUUCCAAAAUUCACAGUCAUCAGAAAAGAGCCAAUCAGAAGGGUUCCUUGCAAACUUCCGGUUAAUAUUUUUCUUUAAGAAAUCGGGCGAUGAACGCAUCUAUAGUGGAGUCCUCUCCUCCGCGAUACUGCAUUGUCUAAACGCAACAGUAUCCCUCUCUGAGGCAGUGCGGUCAUGCUUUGUAGAGCUUAUAGAAAAGUGCAUCUUCUCUUCUUCGACGUAAAAUAAUGCGUAGAUGCGAGUGAUGAAAAUGCAUAGGAGUAUCAUCGUAGAGUUCAGCAGUAGGGACAGUGCCAAUAGAAUGUUCU